AACUUUUCUGGUUGUCGACUCGGUAUACCAUCUCUGGCGGACUAGAAGCAAUGCUCUGGGCCGAGAAUCCGCAGGCGAGAAGCGGCCGGUUGUGGUGGCGCCUCAGCAGGGCCAGCGGAUACCCGCGGACUAAAGAAGAGGAGAAUAAGGAAGUCAGAGAAGGUAGUCUCAGAGACAAUGGCAUCUUCAAGCAGAGAUCUAGAUUGAAUGGAGGUGGUUUCUUAAAUUCCUCCUCCAUCUUUCGCUUUGGCGAGACCUUGGAUCUCGAAUUUGUAAAUCUGAAGUUCGAGUUCAGAUUCAUUGUUUCUUGGAGCUUCCGAGUAUUCGUCCAGGUUGCUUCUGAAGUUUCAUCGGAUGCUGGUGGAGAAACCAUCAACUCUGACAACGGCAGGAAGGUUCCUCCAAGGAGAACAGUCUCCACCGCCACCUGGCACACAUGGCAGUUCCCCAUCCACAGCAGCCCUACUGCGCCGUUCAUCGGAUUCACCAUCCUUCUGCACGCUUCAAACAGCAAGGAUUGAAACACAAACACAACACAACACACAACACACGACACAACACAACACACGACACAAGCAAUUGGGCACAAAAUUGAAAAAUCCAAAUCCAAUUCGAGAAAUGUGAGAAAAUAAUAAUAAAAAAAAAAGGACACA